UCCCAUCCCAAAAGUGCUCUAUUGGAUUGAGAUCUCGGGAUUGUGCAGGCCAUUGGAGCUCACUGACCUGUUCAUGGAACCAGCUUAAGAUGAUGCGUACUUUGUAACAUGGUGCAUUACCCUGCUGGAAGUAUCCAUUUGAAAAAGGAUAGGCUGGCUAUAAAGGGAUGCACAUGGUCAGCAACAAUGCUUAGUUAUGCUGUGACAUUCAAAUAAUGCACGGUUGGGUUUUAAGAGCCCUAAUUUGUGCCAAGAAAACAUUUCCCACAUCAUUACAACACCACCACCGGCCUGCACUGUUGACGCAAGGCAGGACCAAUCCGUGGAUGCUUGCCGUUUACGCCAAAUUAUGACCACCAUCUGAAUGUCACAGCAGCUACCUAGAUUCAUUAGACCAGGCAUAAUUUUUCAAAUCUUCAUUCGUCCCGUUUCGGUGAGGACAUGCCCACUGUAGCCUUAACUUCCUGUUUUUAGCUGACAGGAGUGGAGCCUGUCAUGGUCUGCUGCUGUGGCCCAUCCACUUCAAGGUUUGACAGGUUAUGUGUUCAGAAAUGCCCAUCUGCAUAGGAGUGUUGUAAACAGCUGUUGUUUGAGCAUUUGUGGUCUUUCUGUUGGCUUUAACAUAGAGCCACAAGCUCUGCUGGUCUUUGUUUUCACCUUAAAAUCAGCACCCAAUUCAGACCACAAUAACCAAGUUAGCUAACUGUGUCACCAACUGCUGUAAUUGAUGAAUUAAUUGCAGUGUAACAGUGAAAACCAGCAGGGCCUGUAUCUCUCCAUGAGCAGGGUUGCAGACCCCUGCACAAGAUGGGAUUUUAAUGUCUGACUUGACUGCAAUAGAAGGUCUUACAGUGUCAAACUCAGGUCCUGGAAGGCUAUAGUAUCUGCAGGCUUUUGUGAUUGUAAAAGCUUGCAAAAUCAUUCAAUGGAUAAUAUGUUUUGGUUGUGCUUUUACAUAUCCCUAAACGCAUAUAAUGCAGGAUAUUUGAGGUUUGCUGUGAUCCUGUGUUUGCAAUCAAAGAAGUAUCCUCCUCUGGCUUCAACCCCAUCCACUCACCCCAAGUACCCCACCUAUGGUAGCUAGCCAGAUUGCUAGAGGUAAUGUUAGUACUGUGAAAUGAGCAACCGUGAGCUACAAUAAGAAGGCUGUUUUGAUUAUUUCUUCAUUAAUUCUAUUAUGUUGUAUAGUUAAAUUAAUUCUAUUGUGUUGAACAUAAUACUGUUUUUAUCAUUGAGACUUUUAUUUAGAAAAUUUCAGUCCCAAAAGUCCUUAUUGUCACUAGCUUCACACUGCAGUCAACAUUACUUGCAGGUCCAACAGAAAACAAGGUAAUUCCACUUUGCCUUUCAUCCCCUUUGGCGAACUUGGCUGAUGCCAGGAAAAGCAAUUCAGUGGUUAAAUCUAGUUCUGGAAUCAAGCCUGGUGGCUAGUUUUUGUUGCUUCGCUGUAUCUGAUCCCAGACCACUGGCUCUAACCCUAACUCUAGCCACACCCACCCCUCUCCACACAGAAAAUGUCCCCAACAAUUUUAGAAUAACAAAUACAGGUAAAGGUGCACAAAUUCGGCAGACGUGAUUAACGACGGAGACUGCCAGUGCAUAAUACAUAUGCCUUAGCAUGGUUAUUUUAUAAUAUUUUCAAUGUAAAAAUCCUGCGUAGUAUGCAUUUUGAUUGGAAUGAAAUGCAUGCAGGCUCUUACUUUGACAUUUUCAGCCCAGGCGGUUCCCAGAAGUGGUUUUUUUUUUUUUGUGGGACGUUCUUGAAUUCCCCCUCAAGCCUCCAGUUAUGUGCAUAGCCUAUGUAAUAUGUACGUCAUGUGAAUUCGAAUAUUUAUUCACACAGACUAUACAUCGUGGGGACGUUCUGAAAAAAAUGAGUGACUCUGCGCAGCGCCUGCUCUAGACGUCAGACCUUUCUGCGUUGCCAGGGUUGACGAGAAUGUACAUGUUCUGAGAAGCUGUCACGUGACGAAUGUGGCCAAACAACUCGUUCUGUUAGCUGAUUUUCGUCUCUCGAGCAUGAGAUGUGAAAAAUAUGCAACUGCUUUAUAGUUAGUCACAACUGAAAUUAGCACGUUUUGAUAUUCUCUUGUUCCGAGUUAGUGUUCACAAAAUGCAUCCUGUCAUGGUGUGUAUUCCCUCUUUCCGAUCUGAGGACAGUGCGAUGGAGAAGGGAUACACGGUGUUUAAGAUUGAUGUUUUGAUGAGUGGCCGACAGCACACGGUGGAGAAGCGCUACAGCCAAUUUCACACACUGCACAAGAUGCUGAAGAAGAUCAUCAAGCCACCUGAAAUUCCGUCCAAACAUGUCCGCAACUGGGUUCCCAGGGUCCUGGAGCAGAGGAGGCAGGGGCUGGAACUGUAUCUGCAGACCAUAAUCAUGGAGAAUGAAGUUCUGCCGAAGGUGUUUUUGGAUUUUCUUAACAUUCGCCACUUUCCGUCCUUGCCAAAAACUGAAAGUUGUGGAUCAUUUGAAACAGAAUCCGAGGAAUCAAGUAAACUGUCCCAUCAGCCUGUGCUGCUGUAUCUGAGGGACCCAUACGUGCUCCCGGCCACUGACGAUGCAUGUCCAAACGUGGUCAUAGAAGGUGUGAUUCAUGGAAUAUUCUGCCCAGACCUUCAACCAAGAUAGACCUCAACCAAGAUGUCAGCUGUGGAGACCACCUCAGACUUCUGAAUGCAAGAACACUCUUCUCUGCAAAAAAUGUAUGUGUAAAUCUUUUUCCUAUUCAUACAUACUGUAUGUAUGUAUAUAGGAAUAGGGAAAAAAAAGUGCAUUUUUGUAUGAAUAAUGUGAAAAUAGAGGUUUAAUCUGAGACCAAACUUCAUAACGAACUACAAAGACCAGCUGACUCUAUGUGUGCUGACCUCUACACUGGGCUGCACGUACAAAGGACAUUUUGGUUGUUAACAGUAGGAAAAGAAAGGGACCGCUGACAGGGCACAUGUUGAAAUGACACUAAGCAGAUCCAUUUUAGUCAAAGGGACGUUUGUGGUAAGUUUGUUUCUCUAAAACUGUAAUGCCGUUUGACACACCCUUCCUAUUAUACCUACUCUGAUUGGCCCAGAAUCGCAAGAGCUUCUCAUUGGAGGGGGAGAAUAUAACUACAGCACCUGUCUUAUUUCCAACCUUUAGCGGCUAGCCAAGAUGUCAGAUUAGCUAUGUCAGUUUAAUUUAACCAGAACUGUAGGAUUAUGUAGGCAUUCAGUUAUUGUUGUUGUUAUUGAAUUCUGCUGGCUAACAUUUUAAGCGCUUUCUUUUUUCAUUUUUCAUUUUUUUAAGCUACGCUAAAUGCAAAUGCUGACGCUGCAAAGUCCUUCUAGUGGCUCGCAAUUUAUAUGCAAGUGAACAAAAUUGAAAUAUAGACUACGCUAACUAGUUUGCUAUGUAGCUGAUAAGUAGCUGAUAAGAGUCCAAUAAUCUGUCCGUUAACUAGGAGUAUUCUACAGUAAGCGGCUUCUGAAAUCCAAAAACACUGACCUAACAAAAAAACUGAAUAACCACCCCUAAGUAUGUUCGUGUUUCAUGUAUACAUACACUAUACUAUUCAAAUUACAUACUUUCUCAAUAUAAGUUCACUGAUAGAAUUCCAGUUGGUGGAGAACAUUGAAGUGAUGGAACUGGACUGAGGUGUGGUUUGACACUCAAGAGUGAGCUGACAAUGAGUGCAAUCUUUAAAAACCUUAUCUGUUUCUGUGCGCUGAUUGACCUGAUUAGCUCUCAGAAGAGUUUGUUGAAUUUGGCUGAGUUUUCCUACCAGUUUUACCCUUAAAUGCACUUGUUUUACUGUCCCCUCCCCCCACAUUUCUUCUUUUUUUUUUUUGUAAAAAAUUGUAAUUAAUUGUGAAUCGAUGUGUUACAUCAUAGUGAACCAGAGUCCCUGCUGUGCCUGUCAAUCAGAACCUUGUGAAGUUGGUAUUUUAGCUUUUGAAAUAUUACUUACUGGGCUUUUGAUAUGAUUAUGAAGGCAUACUAUUUAAAACUUUGCCUUUUCACUGUUAUCUUGAUCCGUUAAUGCCAUGAAAAGUUUUCUUUUGCAGUUGCUUGUGAACUGGAGCAAUGUCGCAUAUUUUUUAAAGUUGAUGCCGCCGUUAUAUACCAGUCUUCAUUUACUGUGUAAAUAGAUAAGAAGCUCAAUGCAUGUUUAUUGAUAUUGACAAAAUAAUGGCUCGUCUCCGGAUCGCGGUCCGUUUUUCUCGGGACACAACUUCUGUUUCAUUAAUGACAAAACGAAUCCCUCGUUUUGUGUCCGUACCGAUCAGGGUGGGCCGUGAGAACGCUGUCAGACUGAACGUGUUUAAUGUGGUGUACGCGUCUCACUCUUCUGUUUCAGUUCUCGUUUGUCUUUCCUGCUUGUUCCCUGUGGCUGUGCUCUGCAUCACAAAAGAGGUUCCCUAACAAGAAAAUAAAAAUAUUCAAUUAAUCAGCCAGGAGAAUGAAAACUUAAGGCUAGUUUAUAAACUGUUUGAACUUUUUAUUUUUUUUGUGUGUUUUGUCCAUGACUUCAGAUGGGAAAAGCCCUGCUAAUAGCAACUUACAAUUUUGAAUUUAUGAACUGUGCUUCUGCAUCUGAAUUUUUGUGAACUAGAUGGAAAGGUCUAGACAACGGACGCGCACGUUUCAGGAAGCGUGCCUGUGGUUUUGUGCCGAUUCUGCAGCAGGGCCGUCUGCGCUCAGCAGGAACAGACAGCAGCAGGUCAAACGGGAAAAUCUGCACUGACAAGCAGCCAUGAUACAAACGUGAUGCUGCACAGGAGUAGCCACAGCUGGAGGGAAAAAGCUAACUACACUAUAUUACUAAUGGGAGCAGGCAAUCUAAUAAACCUUCCAUUGACACCUUGGUAGGGAGCUUUGGAUUGGCUUUGAAGGAACCAUUUAAAGAAAUAAUGUUGUGUAAAUUUGAAUUACUCAAAUAGAUCUCUGUGUAAAAGCUGUUAAUGGUAAACUGGCCACAUUUAUUUUUGACUGGGCUGUGUUUCACACCUCCAAAUAGAGUAGCCUUGUGUAGGCUGGUUUUCAAAUUGGAAAUCAUGUAAUUCCGUUUUCAUUGUAAAUUUGUGAAUUUUGUUUCAUUUGUGAUUGGUUGCGUUGCUAAAAUUUGCUGUCAUGUUUUUUUUUUCCCCCUGCACAUAAUGGUCAUUUCUCAACACAGUUGUUCAAGUUCCUUCUGCCAAGCCCAUUAUUUACAGCACAAAUUCAAAUAAUAUGGGAAGAAGUAUAUGAAGGUAGGAUACGAGAGAGACAGUUUGGGCUAUGUUGAGAAUUUACCCCUCCAGCCAUCAGUCCCUUGGCGAGAGCUUUCAUUUUGAUCAUGUGCCAUGACAUCAUCAGGCUGUUGAUCCUGGACUUGGGCAUUGAGGGACUGAGGAGUGGUUAAAACUACAAUAUGUGUAUUGGCCUCUUGGGGUUGGAUGACGGACCUUAAUCACAGCAAUUUGGUAGCCUAAUAAAGACGCAAUGUUUUUGCAGUCAUUGAAGUAUGAAUAAUGCACUAAAAAUACGUUAGAAUUGGCCACUUGUGCAGCUAAUUAUAUUUUAUUAUCUGUAAUACGUGUGUUCCUAAAACCAUUGAACAAUAUUGAAUUGUAAACUGUUUAAGUUAAUAACAGACAUUUUACUUCACGCUGCUGAUAUAUAUUUUUUUUUUGAAUUAUUUGAAAAUAAAUGUGGAUGCAUGUUUUCAUAAGCACUGUAACUCGAUCUAAUUAAAGUAUGACUACAAUACUGUGGAA